AUGGCGACGUCCAACAAUAUAAUCUCCUUACGGCGCCAUGAUAUGGAUAAUCUACGGACUUUUCUUACAGGUCUUGUCACGGUACAUCACACAUCCAUAGCCUAUGGCGGAUCAGGGGGGUGGCUCGUCAAGUCCGCUGCAGUCGUGGGCACCUCGCCCCUUGUGACGGGAUUCAACAUGUUUAACCAGUCUUUUUUCAUGGGCUUGUUCUUCUGGAUCUCCGGGCGCGUCUCGGCACAGUCACUGGAGAAGACUACAGAUUACGGGGCAUUUCUGAAGAACAAAGCCCUGCGACUUGGUAUUCCAGCCGUGGCAUAUACCUUGGUCGUUAACCCCAUAGCUUAUUUGAUGGUGCUGCCGAGCUUGGACCUCGAGUCUAUUAGUAUAUGUUUGAGGCACUACUAUACGAACUUGGACGGCGUGAGAGGAGCUGUUUGGUAUACGGUGACAUUGUUGUGUUUCGAUGCCAUCGCGGUACUAGUGAAGAAAGCUUCUCAACACCAGCAGCACAAGGCUUCCCGUGCAGAUAAGGUUGCCAAGUACGGAGAUCUAAAAAAUUAUGGAUGGUUGGCGGUCGUGCUCUGCAGCUUCUUGGUCAAAACACAGUACCCUGUAGGGACCUUUUUGCCCAUCAUCAGGCUACAACCAGCAUAUGCCUUCCAGUAUGUUUAUGCCUAUACUCUUGGGUAUCUAGCAUACACGGCAGGCGAGCAAACCAUGAACGGCCCCUUCGAUUCUACGACUACUGCGACCAAGGCCAAAGAGUCUCACGAUGGGGAAGGAUCCGCCGAACCGAUGUCAAGCGGUAGCAUACCCCUUUCGACAGCACUGAUGAUUAGUCUUAUGUCCAUGUGUCUCAUCCCCGGACCGCGCUAUCUUGACUCGACCGACUGGCUGAGUGAGACUAUGAAGCAAGCUUUUGGGGGAUGGACACUACCGUCUUUUCUAUAUGCCUUCUGGAACGAACUUGCUUUUAACCUUUUAGGGCCUGCGCUGAUGUCCUACUUUAACCAAUGGCACAAUGCACCCGCUACAUCAUUCACGUGGAAUGCAAGAUACUCGUAUGCUACAUUCUUGGUACAUACGCCAGUGUGCGUUGCUAUAGAGUGUCUCGUGGAAAAGAUCCUGAUGUCGAGCGCAGUGUUGAAUGUCUUAAGGGGUAGCCCAAACUGGCAGAACCUUGGUCCUAUGGUUAUGACAGCCGCUGUUGGCUUGACCAGUGCUUGGGUCUCGGCGGUGGUCGGGAAGACGUUGCUGGAGUGGCUGCCGGUGUUGAAGAAACUCAUUUAG